AUGUCAGCUUUAACAAUCAUUAAGUCCAUAAUAGGGUGGGUUUAUUUUGCAUGCUGGUCUUUAAGUUUUUACCCCCAGGUAUAUUUAAACUUUAAAAAGAAAAACACAAAAGGGUUAUCACAUGACUUUUUAUUCUUCAAUUUCACUGGGUUCUUUUUCUAUUCGGUAUUUAAUUCUGUUUUAUAUUGGGAUAAAGCGGUUCAACAAGAGUAUAUUGAAAAAUAUGCGCCACCAAUUCCAGUGCAUCCAAGUGAUGUGGCAUUUGCAAUUCACGCCUUUGGGAUGAACUUAUUUAUUAUACUUCAAUGUAUAAUAUUCUAUAAAAACAGUGGUAAUCAAAAAAUAUCCAGGGUAGGUGGAGGGUUGUGUAUUUUACUGUGGAUUGCUGCAACUGUGGUUACUAUUUUGGGAUUUGCUAAAGUAGUAUCGUGGUUAUGGGUUAUUUAUUUCUACAGCUAUGUAAAAUUAUUUAUUACCUUUGUUAAAUAUGUACCACAAGCAUAUGUAAAUUACAAGAAUAAGUGUACUGGUGGUUGGAGUAUUGGAAGUGUUUUAUUUGAUUUCGCUGGUGGCGUUCUUAGUCUUGUAGAAAUGUUUUUGGAUGUAGCAGAUACCUCUAAUUGGAAAGUUUUUACUGGUGAUCCUGUUAAAAUAGGUUUAUCAUUGCUAAGUAUAGCCUUUGAUAUAUUGUUUAUGAUACAACACUAUAUACUUUACCGUCAUAAUAAUAAUACUACUACUAAUAAAAAUAAAGAUAAUUUAGAAAAUGUUAUAAAUGAAAUAAAAGAUAAAAAUAACAAUAAUAAUAAAGAACAACAAAAUAUAAAUAUUGAAACACCUGGUAUUAAUAUAGAUAUUGAAAAAUAA